AUGGCUCCUACGUUACUCGAUCCUCCUCUCCCCCAGGAAGCAACUUCAAAGUCUGUUCAGACAUGCUCCGACCCCUCAGUCAUUCCCUCGGAAAAAGCAUCCCAGCGAAUAAGGGAACUUUGGUGGUUACAUGGACAUCCUCAUUCAAAACGAUAUUCAAAUCCGAAGCUCGUCAGUCUUGGAGCUCUGGUGAGACAUAGUGGCGUCACCUAUAAGGGCCAGAAGGCUUUCCUAUAUCCCCUUACCGCCGAUGCUACCACUCCUUACAAAUCCAUGACUUGGAAUGAGUUUGAUCGUGUGACGGAAUCUAUUGCCCUUUCAUAUGCCCUGCAACUGGAAAACGAGCUCGAGGAUGCAAAUUCAAUCGGGAAGCAACCCACGGUUGCCCUCCUUGGAGGCGGAAAGACGAUUGAGUAUUUCUGUACCCAAUUAGCUCUCCAGAAAUUGGGUGUUAGGGUGCUUCUUCUUGCAGAGUCCAAUGCAUUGAGUGCACUGCAUUAUCUUCUGGAAACAUGCCAAGCACUGGUUGUUAUCACGGACUUCAAAAAUGCUGGUACAGAUACAAAUGGAGUUCGAAAAUUGGAUAUGAUUGAGACAUUACCUCCUAACCCAGCAACCAAAGCUUCAGAAGUAGAUGCUGUCAAAUUUCAAGAUUUUGAAGAUGUUUGGGAAAGGCAUUCAUUUAUCAUUCACUCUUCGGGCUCUACUGGUAUGCCGAAACCUGUUAUGCACACGAAUAGGAGUAUGAUGCUCAUUGCAAGGAUGUAUCGGCUAUUUCAAGAGUUUAAUGUAGAAAAUUGGUUUCUCCUAUUUCCACUAUAUCACAUCGCCGGCAUCUCCAUAGCAUUUUCGAACUUGCCAAACGGCCAAAUUCUCUCCUUUCCACCGUUAGCAUGGCCACCGUCAUCUUCCAGUAUAUUUGCUGCAUGGAAGACACUUUCAUCAAUGGGCCACCCCGUGGAAUGCACGCACUGUGCUCCUACACUCAUAGAGAACAUGUACGAGUACAUUACUGAAAAUGGAGGAGAUUUCACUCCUUUGUCAUCCUUGAAAGUGCUUCAGCCCGGAGGAGCUGCAUUAUCAGACAACAUCGUCAAAGCUCUUACGUCCAAUGGUGUCAAUGUCAAGACUACUUAUGGCAGUACCGAAAUUGGUCCUCCUUUACGCCCAAUACCACAUACGCGAGAAAAUCCGAAUUGUUACUCAUUUCGGAAUCUCUACCCUGAUAACCCAUUGAUAAAGAUGGAGGAAGUGGGUAAAGGUGUCUACGAAUGUAUAAUAUACAAAGGGUUUGACUUUGCGGCAGACUUAUGGCAAGGCAAACCCGAUGAUGAACCAUACCGAACGAAUGAUCUAUUCAUUCAAGAUCCUCCCAGAAGUGGAAACUUCACCCUCCAAGGGCGUAAGGACGAUAUCUUGGUUCACUCAAAUGGAGAGAACACCAGUGCCGGGCCAUUACAGCUUGACAUUCAGUCUUCUUCCCAAUUGAUCCACAAGGCUUUGGUAUUAGGCCAUUCAAAACCUGACGUGAGUCUCCUAGUCGAGGUCCAUGAGAACUACGAUCCAGAAAGCAAGUCAACUCAAAACACAAUCUGGGGGGCAAUACAGCAUGUCAACACCCCCUACCCAUCACACUCCCAAAUCACAAAACCAAUGAUCCAUUACCUCCCAAAAGGCAGCACCCUGCCCGUCACACCAAAAGGCAACGUUCGCCGUAAAGAAGCAGAGCGUAUUUAUUCCUCUCAAAUCGACCGAUUAUACGCAGACCCUCUCCCCACCCUAUCAUUCUCAUCAUCAGUGGAGCCCCUCGCAGACUACAUCAGUACCCUCCUCUCAACCCUAACCUCCACCCACGCCUCCGAAAUCCAACCUUGGACAUCAUUCUACUCUCUGGGAAUCGACUCCCGCCUCGCCCUUUCCCUCCGCGCCUCCCUCUCCUCCCAUCUCAACCGCCCCCUCUCCCUCUCAUCAAUCUUCGAAAACCCCUCCAUCGAAAAGCUAGUCUCAUACCUCAUCCCUUCCAGCUCGAAAUCCUCAAAUCCAAGCCUAAAUUCAACUUCGGACAAAGCAACAGAAACAACGAAACGUAUCAUCUCCAGACUAGAAUCAGAAUUCAAAUCCUGGCCACCCGGUAGCCCUCGCGAUCAAAAUCCCGCAGGUCCGAUUCUCAAGCGUGAAAAGGAAACCGUGCUCCUCACCGGCGCAUCCGGCUCUUUGGGAACCGCACUCCUACAAACGCUCUCCUCAUCCCCUCGCAUUGGCAAAAUCUACGCAAUGGUGCGCGGGCCUAACCACGUUUCAAAACUCGCUCAAUCCCUCCAGCAGAAAGACAUAGAUCCAUCUAUCCUAAAAUCCGCAGCCGAAGGUGGCAGUGGCAAAAUCGAGGUAGUGAAUUUCUCGAUGCAGGAUCCAUUGUUGGGGCUCGAGGUGAAGAAAUAUGCAGAGGUCGCCAGGGAGGUCACGGUAGUAGUGGCGAAUGCGUGGAAGAUGGAUUUCAACAUGGGGGUCAAGGAGUUUGAGGCGGAUUGUUUGAGGUGUACAAUGUCGCUGCUUCGUCUCUGUCACGCGAGCGACGCCCAUGCUCGUUUCUGCUUCACUUCUAGCAUAUCGACUUGCAUGGGUCCCGCAUCCCCUUCUAUUAUCCCCGAAUCCCCUAUUGGACCCGACCCAGCUGUCGCCCUUCCAACAGGCUAUGCACAGAUCGAACGUAUAACCCAAACUGCGUCCAAGACCUUAAAAAUCCCCACCACCCUGCUCCGCACCGGCCAAAUCUGCGGCUCAACACUAACAUCCAACUGGCCCACCACCGAAAUGUGGCCCAUCCUAUUCGCAACCUCCUUGCACCCCUCCAUGCGUGCCGUUCCCUUGUUACCAGGGCAGAGCGUAGAUUGGAUCCCAGUUGAUGUCGCUGCUAAUGUCAUCGUUGACCUUUUAACUCCCCCGCUAACGUGUAAUGGAAAUGCACAUGUGGAUGGAGAUGGAAAGGAAAUUGUGGAGCAGGAAAAGGCAGAUUAUCAGGCUCACAAUAUAGUAAACCCGCACCCGAUCCCCUGGUCUUCUUUAAUCUCCAUGGUCCUCCAAUCAACCACCACCUCCUCCUCCGACACAUCACCCCUCCAAACCCUCCCCAUCUCAACCUGGGUCGAAAAACUCAAUCUCCUAUCCACCACCACGCCGUCAAUCCCCGGCCUGAAACUCCUCCAGUUCUUUGAGGAUAUGGCUAGCUCCAGCUCCAGCUCUGGAAAAGGGGAGGAAGAAGUAGAAGAGAGAUACUUCCAAACGGAAACAACGCAGGCACUGUCGAGCGCGCUGAGGGAAUGUGAAGCGUUUAACGAGGCGUGGUUGAGGGGGAAUUUUAGGGUUUGGAGGGAGGUGGGGUUUUUGUUGUAA